GCGAUAUUGAAUCCACAUCAUCAAGUUCUGUUGAACAUUUUAUUUCAGUAACUAAUUUUAUUAACACAAACAUUCUUUUAUGGAGAUCAAAUUUGAAAGAUAUGUUUAUUCAGAGGGACAGGUUUAUGAGGGCGAAUGGUCAGCUGAUGGAAAAAAACACGGACUUGGAUAUUUACUUUUCCCAAACGGAGACUCUUUCAGUGGUCGGUUUAAUAAUGGACUAUUUUAUGGCUCAGGAAUUUUGACUUUAGAAGAUGGAACUACUUAUGAGGGAGAGUUUUAUGAGGGUAAAUUUCAUGGUUACGGAGUUUACACACGCCCCGAUGGCAUGAAGUAUGAAGGACGAUUUACUGAUGGUACUCCAAAUGGUGCAGGAAAAAUUACAUUCCCGGAUGGAACAAGCGGAAAUCCGAAACAAGAAGGUUAUUUUCGAGGGUAUAGGUUGAUAAAACAAGAUCAUGUAUCGGAAGAUCUUUUAAAAGCACAACUGAGCGCAGAGAAAGCAAGAGGAAUAGCAAGUAGUAUCAGAAAAAUUUAAAAAAUGUGUUUUUAUUAGAGUACUAACUGAAAGUUUUUUAUGCAGUAAAAAGAUGAAUAACCCACUUA